AUGCCCAAAGGGAUACACAAGUCAAAAAGUAUCUCCACACAGAAAUUGCUGUCAGCAGGAGAUGGUAACACGCUUAAUGUUCCUGCUCCUCAGAGAAGAGCAAAGUCUCUGGAUCGCCGGACAUCAGACAUGGCCAUGACGCCAGAUUUAUUGAAUUUCAAGAAAGGCUGGAUGAUGAAGCUUGAUGAAGAUGAUGAGGAGUGGAAGAAAUACUGGUUUGUUCUGUCAAUGACCAGUUUGAGAUACUACAAGGACUCAUUAGCAGAGGAGUCUUCAAACCUUGAAGGAGAAAUCGACCUAACAAAGUGUUACAGCGUGUCCGAGUAUCGGGUCCAGAGAAACUACGGCUUUCAGAUCCACACUCAGAGGUCGGUCUACACGCUGUCUGCCAUGACUGCAGGAAUACGCAGGAACUGGAUCCAAGCCCUGAUGAAGAACGUGCAUCCAGCCAAGGCACCAGACGUAACCGACUUACCUGGCCGCCACAUUCCCUCCAGCCCGCCUGAGGUCAUCCCCAAGCCAGAUGUGACACAGGACUCUGCAACCAACAACGUUCCUGCAAUUAAAGACCAUCCCCCCAAAUCCAGGAGCGUUCUGGAAAGACAGAACGAAGCUGAGAACCAGGCGACGGCAAACACAGACUACUCUCCAGAGCUGGGUGAUCUGGAGAGACGGAGGAGGAGGGAGGAGAGGAGGAAGAGGUACGAGAGCUUGUUGGGCUUCCCUCUGGGUAAAGGGGAGACCCAGAAAGCAGAAGACGGCGCCGUGAAGGCCCUGAGUCCAAAGUCCCAGAGGAAAAUGGAGGAGAAGAUAGCAGAGUGCUGGAGGCAGGUGGAGAGCUCCAGGCUGAGACCAGAGAGGACGGUUAUGCUGUCUGCUGAGGACAGGGAUACUCUGGAGGUGGAGAAGCAGCUGCAGGGCUGCAGGAAGGUGGUCGAUGAGCUGAAAUCCCAGCUGGCCGAUUCGGAGCGCCACAGACUCCAACUGGAAGCUCAGCUCAGAGCAGCCGGAUUGUGUCUGAAACAGCAGGACCCUUCGAUCUUAUCUGAAGCAGUCUUCCUCCCAGCAGAUCUACAUUUAAAGCCGCUAACAGACAUAAAUGGUUUGGAUCGAUUGUGUCAGAGGGAACCACAUGCUAAAUCACCUUCAUUAGGAUCAGACUGUGAUUCCCAACAGUUUUUGGUACCAGAAAAACCUGAAGGGAGAGACAUCCGCGAGAGCCCUGUUGCUACAGACCAGUCUGUAAUGAAGAGGCUUUCCCAAGAGGUUGAGCUGCUCACCAGUCAGAACCAGGCUCUCAACCAACGCAACCAGGAGAUGGUAAACCAGCUGACUGAGGCAGACCGUGAGAUCGAGAGGCUGAAGGUAGAGCUGGGCAGCCGAUACACGGAGCCCCAUCACCUUCCUGAGGUGGAACAACAGGAGAAGAUGAAGCUGGAAGACUUGGAGAGGCAGCUGAGUCUGAGGAACCAGGAGCUCCUGGAGGCUCAGAUGCUGAUCACCUCUUUGGAGGAAAACCUGAAGGAGACGGAGGCACUGCUGCAACUAAAAAAUACAGCAGAAACAAACAGAUUAGCAGAAGAAGAAAACAAACACAGGGCAGAAAAGGCAGAGCUGCUUCAGCGUCUGGAUGCUACAGAGGCCAAAGUGAUGGAGCUGCAGAGGCAGCUGGAAGAGUCGGAGCUGACCCGCAGGCAGCUGGAGAACCACAACAUGGAGCUGAAAGAAACAGGAGAACUUUAUCUGCAAAGAGCUUCAGAGGCCGAGGCAGACAUCAGGAGGCUGGCUGAGGAGAAAGCGGAAGAAGAAGAAGAAGACAGGAGCCGGAUUGUUCCUGCUGAAGAAAAGAUCCAGCAAGUGAUAGAAGGAGCAGUAAUGAGGCAGAAAGCUUUAAGGACACUACUGCAGCUUAUCGAAAGUUUUGACUUCAACGGAGAACCAGAGGAAGAGGAGGGGAGUGCCGGCAUGGUGAUGCAGCUGCGGUGGGAGGAAACAUUUUGGAGAUCUCUCCUGGAUAAACUGAGGGACGAUCGGCCUCAGCUGAAGAACCCGAUAGGAGAGCUUCUGUGUGAGGUGGUGGAAGGGUUGAUGUUGGAGGAUCAGAUGGUGCUGGAAGGCCUACAGCUGCUUCUUCAUCCGGAGGAGAUGAGAGGCAGGGAAGCAGGGACAUGUGAGAGCAAAGCUUUGGACGAUGGAAACUUUAUCUGGGAAAGUUCUGCACCUUCUGAAACCAGAACAGAGGAGGGAAGCUGUAGGUCUGGUUUUAAAGAUCUUCUGAAGAAUCUGGAGGCUGUUACACAGACCAAGAUCUCCUCACUACACCUCCUGGCCUCCUCCUCCUCCUCUGGAAGCAGCUCUGCUCUCGACAGACUGCUGCCGGCAGCUGAUAGACUCUAUGAUUUUUACUCAUCUCCCCAUCCUGCGUCAGUUUCUUUCAUUCACUCUGCAGCCACUCAAGCGUUCUGCUGCUGCCUUCUACGCAGGCUUCAGUCCAAAUACGAGAGGAGAAGAUGUUCCAGCUGUGUCAGCCUCACAGAGGAAAACGAAGAGCUGAAAACAAGACUGUCGAUCCUGGAGGAAGCGUCUGUCUCAGAUAGUCCCAGGAUGAGCACAGGCUGCCAGACUGAUGAAAGAUCCUCAACGUUUACAGACACAGAGCUACAGAGUUCAGGAGAGCGUGAUGUGGAGGAGACGUCUGACAUGGAGCUGACUGAGAGCGAAAUCCCUCUGACCGCACUGCAAACGGUCGCAGCAUCAGAAGAAAGAGAUGAGGAGGAAGCUGGCCGGCAGUCACAGCGGCUCUCUGAACUCAAGCUAAAAGUGGAAGAGCUGGAGGAACAGCUGCGUGUCUCAGGAGAGAAGCUGAGGGAGGAUUCUGAGGAGAAGAUGAGAAAUCUGCAGGAGCAGCAUGAGAGGGAGAUAGAAAAGCUGAAGGCCACAUGUGAGCGCGGUCUGGUCGCCAUGGAGGACUGUCAUGAGAGGGUGGUGGAGGAGCUGCAGCGUCUGCACCAGCAGGAGGUGGAGCGCCUCCUGCUGGAAAGGGAGAGACUGCUGGAGGAGGAGAGCUCAGCCACUGCCACCGCAAUAGAAGCGAUCAUGAACGCUCACCGUGAGGAGCUACAGAGAGAGAUCCAGAGAACCCAGGCGGAGAACUCUGAUGGAAACAUUCAGCUGGAGGAGAUCCACAGGCAGCACAGGGAGGAGCUGGCCUCCUUCCAGCGGGAGCUGGAUGUUUUGUCCCAGCAGUUCUCCCUAAAGUGUCUGGAGAAUGGACAUCUGGUCCAGGCUCUGGACGCAGAGAGAAAGGCCUUGUGUCAGUGUCAGCAGGAGAACCAGGACCUGAGGAGCAGGAACCAGGAGCUGAGCGGUCACCUGGCGGCAGAGAUCACCAGACUGUGUUCUCUGGCCAAACAGGACCAGCUGCCACUGGGUCAGAGGAUGGACGCGUACGAGAUGGAGAUCACGAUGCGCGUGAAGGAGACGGAGGUUCAGUGCCUGAAGCAGGAGGUGGCGUCUCUAAAGGAUGAGCUGCAGGCAGCAGUAAAGGACAAAAGAAAUGCAACAAAGAGGUACAAGGAUGCGCACAGUGAGCUGAGCAUCCUCAGGGCCAGAGCGGCGCAGGAGGCGGAGGAGCUCAGGGAGAACCUGAGGCUGGCUCAUCAGGCGCUGGGAGAAACGCCUCCCUGAACUUCAGCUGGAUUCACUCAUCAGUGUUUUACAUCAACAAACUGUUUCCUCUCCUUUUCUCCCCGUUUAAAACUGAUUUCUAUUUUAUAUGAGGAGCUUUUUUUGUUUACUUUUUAAAGUAACAAUUUUUUUUUAAAUUUAACUCACUUAUUUUCAGAUAUAAGAUAUACUUUAAUUUAUUUUUAGUAAUAUAAAACCCUUUUUUAAUAAAAGGAGCUUGCUCAACCAUCCUUCUGUAUUCU